GCCUAUCUACUUUCCAUUGCUGCUCAGCAAGACAACAUGACUUCCAUCCGUGGGGCCCGAAGCCAACGCAUCAAUACGUUCAAUGUGCUCAUUCUAUGCUUUGUGGGUCUGGGAUCUAUGAGCUAUGGAUAUACAGCUUCAAUUAUCGGCACGACGCUAGGACAGCCAUCUUUCAUCAAGUAUUUUGAACUUGACACCAGAAGCAAUGGAACUGAUCUUUUAUCCACCACCAAUGGUCUUUUCCAGGCUGGCGGUGUUGUCGGCACUCUUCUCCUUCCAAUCGUGUCGGAUCGAUGGGGACGUAAAUGGGGCAUUGCAAUUAGCGCCAUUCUUGCCAUCAUAUCUGGUACCGUUCUAUCAGGCAGCACGCAUAUAGGUGAAUUCAUCGCUUUUCGUUUCAUUGCUGGAGCAAGCGCAUUCAUGAUCUUGGCAGCUGUGCCUAUCUGGAUGAAUGAAGUCGUACCUGUGAAGAUGAGAGCCGGGCUCGUCGACAUCCACGCCGUGUUCCUGGUUCUUGGAUACACCAUACAAGGCUGGGUAGGCUUUGGAUUUUUCUUCUGGAAGGGUGGCGGCCAAAACCAAUGGCGACCUCCGCUAGCUCUGCAGUGCGCGUGGCCCUUUUUCCUCCUCUGCGGCCUCUUUUGGAUCCCCGAAAGCCCCAGAUGGCUAAUCAUGAAAGACCGGAUUGAUGAAGCACGCAUCAUUCUUGACCGCCUACAUAGCGAUCCCAAUGAUCCAGACAACGAAUAUGCCAGAUCAGAGUUUUACCAGAUCCGGAAACAGAUUGCGAUAGAUAAGUUGCUAGAUAGCUCUUGGGUGGGAAUGUUCAAGAAGCCGUCGUAUAGGAAAAGAGCACUUCUAGCGGUGGGCACGACAUUCUUCAUCCAAUGUUCUGGUGUGCUGGUUAUCAAUAACUACGGCCCAACCUUGUACAAGAACCUAGGCUUUUCUCCUGUCAAACAGCUUUUGUACCCGGCAGCAUGGUUGACUCUAACCCUCGGUAUCAACACUAUGGCAAUCCCACUCGUCGACCGCUUCCCCCGCAAUAAAUAUAUUGCGGCUGGCAUUCUUGGCUGCAUGGCCUGCCUGAUCGUAGAAGCAGCCCUAGUCGCCAACUUCGUUCCUUCAAACAAUCAAUCUGCACUGCUGGCGGCGGUAGCCAUGUUCUUUCUCUUCCAAAUCCCCUAUGGCUUCUGCCUCGAUGGUACCCAAUUUGCCUACCUCGGUGAACUCUUUCCCACACACCUCCGCGCCAAAGGCGUAUCCCUUGGCGUUGCCAUGAUCUCCUUCACCAAUAUCAUCUGGCUUCAAGCCGCGCCCACAGCCUUUAUCACCAUCGGCUGGAAAUUCUACCUCGUGUUCAUCAUCCCAGGGACUAUUGGCGGCAUCAUCGUCUGGAUCUGGUUUCCGAACACGAAUGGCUUACCGUUAGAGGAGAUUGCGGCUAUCUUUGGGGAUGAGGAUGAGGUCGCGGUGUAUCAACGAGAGGUGGUUAUUGAUGGUGGGCAGAUCCGAGAUCUGCAUCAGGAGGCGAAGGAGAAGCAGGAGGUGUAUACUGAGGAUAUGGGUGUGGGAGAUGGUACAAAUAGAGCAUGAUGUGAUGAACGAAUUCCCCGAGAUGCGAAGAAUAGUGGCUACAUGGUUUUGUUGCAGAAGGUAGAUACUUGAUCCACAUUGGAAGUCUGUGGAUCCCUUAUGACGCCGUCCCAAUGAAUGCCUGUGGAUGGCCCUUCCUAUCUCCAUUAAUGCCCAAUUCUAGCAAGAGCCGACUGAAGGACUUGCCCUCAAAAUACACAUCACAACUGGAUAUCAUUAUUCAGCAACCGCACCUCCUCACCAGGCUUGAAAGCAGGGAGGCCGAUAUAUGGACAACCAUCGCAACGGAAAGCG